AUGCUAGAAGAUUACAAAAUUUAUGGUGAUGUUACUGUCUUUGAAACUACUUACAAAACAAACCGUUACAACCUCAUCUGUGCACCGUUUGUGGGGAUUAAUAACCACUGGAAAAAUAUUAUGUUUGCGUGUGUAUUCUUAGGAGAUGAGAAAACAGAAUCCUUUGUGUGGCUGUUUGAGACUUUCAAAAAAGCUAUGGCUGACAAAAGUCUAAUCACACUCAUUACUGACCAAGAUGCAGUUAUGGCUAGAGCAAUAAAGAAGAAUGCAGUAACACGAUUUGGAGUCCUGAAGAGUGAUUCAAUAUUCAAAGCCGCUUUCAACAAAUGCUUGAGUGGUUGUCUUAAUGAAGCUGAGUUUAACGCAUGUUGGCAAGCAAUGGUCACAAAGUACAAACUAAAGGAACACAAAUGGUUCAUCAGAAUAUAUAAAUUAAGACACAAGUGGGCAACGGCUCUGAGUAAGGACUUCUUCUCUGCUGGGAUUUUGUCAUCACAGAGGAGUGAGAGUACGAAUAAUGCUGUGGGUUUCAGAGCUACUAAGAAGACUAGUUUGACCGAGUUCUAUCACAUAUUUCAAGAAACAAUAAAGAGAUGGAGAAGGACAGAAGAUAUUGAUGAAUUCAACACCACCAAAUCUAUUCCAACUUCACACUAUCCAAUGACUUCGUUAUUGAAACAUGCUGCUCAAGUCUACACACAUACACUUUUCAGGGAUUUUGAAGAAGAAUUUAAUCUUGCUAUUACAUCGCAAGUACAACUCAUUCACACAAAUGGACCGAAGAUGAUUUAUCAAGUUUACCUUGAAGAUGGAGUUAGCUCAGCACAAUCUGUGAUGUAUGAUCCGCCGAAUGAGAUCAUUAUUUGUCCCUGCAAGAAUUUUGAGGAGUCAGGUUGGUUGUGCUUUCAUUGUAUUCGUGUUCUGCAUAUGCAUUCUGUUCAAAAAAUCCCAGAGAAGUACAUCUCCUUUAGAUGGACAAAGUUCGCAAAGGUUGAGGUGUGGAACAAGCAUGAGGCACAACUAAAAGCUAAAGGAUUAUUGAACAGUUUCACCCCCUGGCAUUUACACAUGCUGAGAAAAUACUACACUGCAAGCAACAAUGAACAUAACACAACAAAUACAACAACUGAGAAUGAGACUUAUGUGCAAGUUUUAGACCCGGCUCAUGCCAACACUAAAGGAAAAUCAAAGAAGAGGAUUCCAGGGAGUUAUGACAACUUUAACAAGGGGAAAAGGAGAAAGCACAUGGAAUUUGGCUCCAAAACGCCUAAGCAUUUAUUCUGA